GAGUUUUAUCCAACGAUCCGGGAGGCUCGUUUAGGUAGUGGUCCGCGCCCCACAGCCGUGACUACCAAAGAAUUACGGGCUGCUGGCUACUGACGGCCAGCUCUCUUCUGCUUUACUCUCGGUUAGCCCUACAGGAGAGCAGAGUCCGUAUCGACCUGUUAAAAGCGCGUCGUGAUAACCACGCGGUGACAUAAAGGAAAAAAAGGCAUAUAAAAAUAUCAUCUCUUUGUGUGACAGUGAAAUACAUUCGGAUAAGAGAACCGGGCCUAGGCAAGCCGCCAGCACUAAUGCUUUAGUAAAGAAUCCAGAGUUGGCGAAAUGGGCAGCAGAAUGUGGUCCACGAUCGCAACGUUACUAUCACUGGCGACAUGCAUAACUUCAAAGAUGGCCGUGGUGCCACACGACGUGUACCCAGGUUACGAGGUGACCCACUUUCCGGGAAAUCCGAAGCAAACGUCGAAUUUUCGUCUCCUGGAAACUGGUUUCUCGAAGUUCUUCACGGUGCUGGAUAACGGCGUAGUGAUGACGACUUCCGACUUAACGCCAUUAGUUAACAAACCAGUGAACCUGAUUGUUCUAGAAGAAUUGGCCAAUCGCACGGAGACUCAUGACCUGCAUCUAUACGUGAUCAAUCGACGUAACAUGUUGACCUUCUCGCACGAGCACCUGGGCGAGGGUGAGGUUACGGAAAAUGAAGAACCGGGCAGGGUGGUCAAUGGAUUUCCGGUUCUCCACGCCCACGGUAGCUUUCCGGUCCACUAUAAGAUCCUACCGGACGACUCUGGCGAGCGGCCCUUUGCUCUGCGCGAAUACAUCACCAAGCGAACAGGAUACAAUUUGACGCUGAAGAGUCACAAGCAGGGUGUCCAUGUUGUUACAGCUAGGCCCCUCGAUCGUGAACACAGAAGAAGCUACACGGUGGUCAUACAUGCCUCCGAUGGUAAUUUUAUUAGCAGGGCAAAAAUCAGUGGCGUGGUUCGUGUCUUGGAUGUCAAUGACAACAGUCCUAGAUUUGAGGAGGAGACGUACUACUUUGAGAUAAGGCCCUCGAAUCUCGAAACACUGGCCCGGGACUCGAUCGCACAGUGGAAAAGAUUUUCUACCGUGGGCAGAGUCACUGCCAAGGAUGAUGAUGGUGAUAACGUAGCAUACCAACUGAUAACGCCCAGUAAUUUAGUCGUGAUAGUGCCCCAGACCGGGGACUUACUGCUCACUGGUGAACCUGAUACCACGGUGGAAGAAGACGUUGAGUAUGAGGUCUUCGUAGGUGCUCACGAUUUGAGGACACCCAGUAGAAACGCCAAGAAACCGGCCAAAGUUGUUCUUAGAUUUUUAACGUCGGUACCGAUCGUUCCGGAAGUCCACAGGAUACAGAAGAGACGAGUCACGAGGGCCGUAAGGCCCACGAAGAGGGUCGAGUUUACCGAGGCUGAUGGGGACGUCGAAGGGAAGGUGGCUUUCUAUUUGGAGAAGGAGACCGAACGGGAGACCUAUAAAAUUCGUGAUGAAAAUCAAUGGGUCACGGUUGGGUUAAAUGGAUCCGUUCACGUACGGAAAAAGUGGGACUACGAAGAACUUGGUCCCGAGAAAACUAUUGAUUUUUGGGUCACUAUCACGAACACAGCCCGCUGUCCUCAGCACGUGUAUGGUGAAUCCUGUACAAUUUACGACGAUACGGACAAUCAGCGUGUUAUUAUCAAUGUCAAGGACGUCAAUGAUGAGCCGCCAUAUUUUAUAAACAGGCCUUUACCCAUGCAAGCAGUCGUGCAACUGAAUGCACCGCCCAAUACACAUGUCUUCACUCUGCAAGCAAGAGAUCCUGAUACGGAUCAUAAUAUUCAUUAUUUUAUUGUGCGCGAUCGGACCGGUGGCCGAUUCGAGGUCGACGAACGUUCUGGCGUCGUGAGAACUCGUGGGACUGAUGUCUUCCAGUUGGACAUGGAGUAUGUGCUUUAUGUAAAAGCCGAAGAUCAGAAUGGACGAGUGGAGGAGAAACGUUUCCAAUCAACACCGGAGGAACGUUUAUCGAUAGUCGGUGGAAAACGAGCUCCGCAAUUUUACCUUACGGCUUACGAGGCUGAAAUUCCAGAAAACCAAAAGAAAGAUUCCGAUAUUAUUUCAGUGAAGGCCAAAUCAUUUGCUGAUCGUGAAAUUCGCUAUACGCUUAAAGCACAAGGUCAGGGCGCGGCUGGUACCUUCAAUAUUGGACCCACUUCCGGUAUUGUCAAAUUGGCCAAAGAAUUGGAUUUCGAAGAUUUACGGCAGCCUCACAUUUAUUCCUUGAUCGUUACUGCCACCGAGGAUUCCGGUGGAUUUUCAACUACUGUCGAACUGACUAUCAGAGUAUCGGACGUGAAUGAUAACGCACCGAAAUUCGAAUUACCGGAUUACCAAGCGCACAAUGUGGACGAAGACAUUGCACUUGGCACGAGUAUAUUGAAAGUGAAGGCGACGGAUGCAGAUUCUGGUGCGAAUGCAGAAAUCGAAUAUUCCGUAUCGGACGACCAUUUUAGCGUUGAUUCCAACGGGAUAAUUGUGAACAAUAAGCAGCUCGAUGCCGAUAACAACAAUGCAUAUUACGAAUUCGUAGUAACGGCGAAAGACAAAGGCGAACCCUCGAAAACCGGAACAGCAACAGUUCGGAUUUACACGAAAAACAAGAACGACGAGGAGCCAAAAUUCUCUCAACAAGUCUACACGCCUAAUGUGGAUGAAAAUGCUGGACCAAAUACUUUAGUGACGACCGUUGUGGCAUCCGACAAAGAUGGCGACAACGUCCGCUUUGGUUUCGUCGGUGGCGAUACGUCUUCAGGACAAUUUGUCAUAGAGGAAAUAACUGGCGUAAUAAGGUUGCAUGGAAAGGCUAUAUCGUUGGACCGUGACAAAUACGAGUUGAAUGUUACAGCCCUUGAUGACGGGGCAUGUUGUCUUAAUGGCGACAUGACUAUUCAUACAAGUACGGCUGUUGUUGUUGUCUUCAUAACAGACGUGAACGACAACAAGCCUGUUUUCAAAGAGUGCGGUACGUACUAUCCAAAAGUCGAAGAAGGGGCGCCCAAUGGUAGUACUGUAAUAAAAGUACAGGCCACCGACGAAGACAAGGGUGUCAAUGGCCAAGUUAAAUAUUCUAUUGUGCAACAGCCUAAUCAGAAAGGCACGAAAUUCACCGUGGACGAGGAAAGUGGCGAAGUUUUUACCAACAAGGUAUUCGAUCGCGAGGGCGAUGACGGAAAGUUUGUGUCUGUCACGGUGAAAGCUACCGAUCAAGGCGAACCCUCAUUGGAGGGUGUUUGCUCUUUUACUGUUGAAAUCACCGACGUCAACGACAACCCGCCGUUGUUCGAUCGUCAGAAAUAUGUUGAGAAUGUAAAACAAGAUGCCAGUAUAGGAACAAAUAUCUUACGUGUCUCAGCAUCUGAUGAAGAUGCUGACAACAAUGGUGCCAUAACGUACACACUAAGUGCACCGAACAACGACCAGAGUCUGCAGUAUUUUGAAAUCCAACCGGAAUCUGGUUGGAUUGUAUUAAAGAAGGCAUUGGAUGGCUGUUUUCCACGAGACAGGUAUCGCCUGACAGUGCGGGCAUCCGACAGAGGGACGCCACCCUUGUACGCAGAAGUGGACGUUGAGUUAGACGUCGUAGACAGAAACAAUAAACCUCCUCUGUGGGAUGAGAAAGUAUACGGCCCCAUUCACAUCAAAGAAAAUGUCACAGUGGGUACUGUAGUGACGUCGGUGAAAGCCAGCUCCGGAAUCGAAAACAACCCGACAGUCUUUUACCACCUGAUGCCGGGCUCGACGGCACAGACCAACAAGCAGCAUACAUUUUAUCUUCAACAACGUGCCGAACAAUCCGUCACGUGGGCGGAUAUCAAGGUCAACCAUCAGCUGGAUUACGAAAGCAUAAAGGAGUUUAAUUUGACAAUACGAGUGGAGAAUAACGGCGCGCAGCAGCUCGCAUCCGAAACAACUGUUUAUAUCAUGCUGGAGGAUGUGAACGACGAAAUUCCAUUGUUCACCGAAAGGGAGCAGGAGACUGUACUCGAGGGCGAACCAGUUGGUAGUAAAGUUACUCAAGUCAAUGCGAUCGACAAGGACGGAACUUAUCCGAACAAUGAGGUGACGUACUACGUUGUGGAUAGCGACCGGAACGAGGGAAAGAAUUUCUUCGAGAUAAAUCAGAAGACUGGCGAGGUCUACACGAAGGUGGUGUUCGAUCGUGAAAAGCAGGGGGCUUACGCUUUAGAAGUGGAAGCAAGGGACGGCGCACCGUCGGCCCGUCCAAAUAGCAACGGAGAGCCGAAUUCUGUAACCAAAUUCAUUCGCAUUGGAAUAGCCGACAAGAACGACAAUCCACCCUACUUUGACAAGGGCCUCUACGAGGCUGAGGUAGAUGAAAAUGAAGAUAUUCAACACACCGUCCUCACAGUCACCGCCAAGGAUCACGACGAGUCCUCGCGUAUUCGAUACGAGAUUACGAGCGGGAACAUAGGCGGUGCCUUCGCUGUGAAGAAUAUGACUGGAGCCAUUUAUGUAGCUGGGGCUCUGGAUUACGAGACCAGGAAGAGGUACGAGCUUCGUUUGACUGCUUCAGACAACUUGAAAGAGAACUAUACUACUGUGGUUAUUCACGUGAAGGAUGUUAACGAUAAUCCUCCUGUAUUUGAGAGACCCACGUAUAGAACUCAAAUUACGGAAGAGGAUGAUAGAAAUUUGCCAAAAAGAGUAUUACAGGUCACGGCGAGUGAUGGUGAUAAGGACAGGCCUCAGAAUAUCGUGUAUUUCUUGACCGGUCAGGGAAUUGAUCCCGAUAAUCCGGCUAAUAGUAAAUUCGAUAUCAAUCGCACUAAUGGCGAAAUUUUUGUACUGAAGCCAUUGGACAGGGACCAGCCUAAUGGUAGACCUCAGUGGAGGUUUACUGUGUUUGCACAGGACGAAGGUGGCGACGGUCUCGUAGGUUAUGCAGAUGUGCAAGUCAACCUGAAGGAUAUUAAUGACAACCCUCCGAUAUUCCCUCAGGGUGUCUAUUUUGGGAAUGUCACGGAAAAUGGAACGUCCGGAAUGGUCGUGAUGACUAUGACUGCUGUGGAUUAUGAUGAUCCCAAUGAGGGAACCAACGCCAAAUUAAUUUACUCCAUUGAGAAAAAUGUUAUUGAGGAGGAGACUGGUUCACCGAUUUUUGAAAUUGAACCCGAAACUGGUGUUAUCAAAACUGCUGUAUGUUGUCUGGAUAGAGAGCGCACACCGGAUUAUUCUAUACAGGUCGUUGCAAUGGAUGGAGGGGGGUUAAAAGGGACGGGGACGGCGUCGAUACGUGUCAAAGACAUAAACGAUAUGCCACCCCAAUUUACCAAAGACGAAUGGCGAACGGAAGUGGACGAGACCUACGGGUCGGAAUUACCGGAAAUGCCAAUCUUGACAGUGACAGUUCACGACGAGGAUGAGACAAAUAAAUUUCAGUAUAAAGUUCUUGAAGACAGUGGUUAUGGCGCUGACAAAUUUACUAUGGUGCGAAAUAACGAUGGUACCGGCUCUCUAAAAAUUGUUCAGCCUCUGGAUUAUGAAGAUCAAUUACAGAGUAAUGGAUUUAGAUUUAGGAUACAAGUCAAUGACAAGGGAGAAGAUCACGAUAGUGACAAGUAUCACGUUGCUUAUUCUUGGGUAGUGGUAAAUCUACGUGAUAUCAAUGACAAUAUGCCGCAAUUCGAAAGGGCGAAUAUUGAGACCACCGUGACGGAGGACGCCGUUAUCGGGAAGAGCUUGGAAACUUUUAAAGCCACAGAUCCCGAUCAAGGUGGCAAGAGUAAGGUAUCCUAUUCAAUAGAUCGAAGUUCUGACAGGAAGAGGCAAUUCUUUAUCGAUGAGAGUGGCACUGUCUCCAUUCAGCGAAGUUUGGAUAGGGAGGAAACCCCGCGACAUCAAGUAAAGAUAUUGGCGAUUGACGAUGGCAUUCCGCCAAAAACUGCCACGGCUACCCUGACCGUAAUUGUCGAUGAUAUUAAUGACAACGCACCUACGUUCCUCAAAGAUUAUAGGCCUAUACUACCGGAAUAUGCUCAGCCAAGAAAGGUAGCGGAAAUUUUGGCAACGGAUGACGAUGACAGAUCAAAAACCAACGGUCCCCCAUUUACAUUUAGAAUGGAUCCCAAUGCGGACGAUGUGAUAAAAGCGAGCUUCAAAGUGGAGAGCGAUAAUAAGGGCGCUAAUGGGGAUGGUAUGGCUAUUGUCUCAUCUUUGAGAUCAUUCGAUAGAGAACAACAAAAGGAAUAUCUGAUUCCAAUUGUCAUUAAGGAUUCUGGGGCACCUUUAAUGGCCGGUACCAGCACACUGACAGUCGUAAUCGGUGAUGUAAAUGAUAAUAAAAUGCAACCUGGUUCUAAGGAUAUAUUUGUAUAUAAUUAUGCAGGCCAGUCACCUGAUACCGAAAUCGGUCGAGUUUAUGUCUACGAUUUUGAUGAUUGGGACUUACCGGAUAAGAAAUUUUACUGGGAAGGUUUGGAACACGCACAAUUUAAAUUAGACGAAGAUUCCGGCAUGAUUUCUAUGAAAUCCGGAACUCACGAUGGCCGUUAUCACUUGAGAUUCAAAGUUUAUGAUAGAAAACAUACGCAGACAGACGUACCUGCCAACGUCACAGUUACCAUAAAAAGUAUUCCCCAUGAAGCCGUUCUCAAUUCCGGUUCCGUUCGAAUAUCCGGUAUAACUGACGAGGACUUUAUACGCGUAUGGAAUUAUAGGUCACAGACAUUGUCCAGAAGCAAGGCGGAACUGUUUAGAGAUAAGCUUGCAAAAUUAUUGAAUAUCGAACUCGAAAAAGUCGACGUCUUCAGCGUCCAAUUGCGUAGGAAGCAUCCUCCAUUAACUGAUGUAAGAUUUGCCGCGCAUGGUUCCCCAUAUUAUAAACCGGUUAGACUCAAUGGCAUUGUGCUGAUGCAUCGAGAAGAGAUUGAGAAAGACGUGGGAAUAAAUAUCACUAUGGUUGGGAUAGAUGAGUGCUUUUACGAAAACGAAAUGUGUGAGGGUAGCUGUACAAAUACUUUGGACAUCAAUAAUUUGCCUUAUAUGGUAAAUGCCAAUAAGACGGCUCUAGUGGGUGUCCGCGUGGACGUCAUCGCGGAGUGUACUUGCGGUGCUCGUAAUUUCAGUAAGGGUGAAUCUUGUAGAAGCAGUCCUUGCUACAAUGGCGGACGCUGCGUCGAAGGUCGUUUUGGUUUAUCCUGUCAAUGUCCAUCCGGUUAUAACGGUCCGCGCUGUCAGCAGACAGCAAGGAGUUUCCGUGGUAAUGGAUGGGCCUGGUAUCCGGCAUUAGAAAUGUGUGACAGCAGUCAUUUGAGUUUUGAAUUUAUAACACGACAUUCUGACGGAUUGUUACUCUAUAACGGACCUAUAGUGCCACCGGAAUUUGACGAAACCAUGGUUUCCGAUUUUAUAUCAGUGGAAUUAGAACGCGGACAUCCCAGACUGCUCAUAGACUUUGGUUCUGGUACCCUUGAAUUGAAGGUAACAACAAAAGCGACUCUAGACGACGGCGAAUGGCAUAGACUGGAUAUUUUCUGGGACACUGAGAACGUCAAACUGAUAGUGGACUAUUGCAAGUCAGCUGUGAUCUCAGAACUUGAAGAUGGUUCUCCACCAAAGUUUAACGAUUCAAGUUGUCAGGCACAAGGAAUUGUUCCGCCGUUCAACGAAUAUCUGAACGUGAAUGCGCCAUUGCAAAUCGGUGGUCUUUACGUUGAACAAUUUGAUCCAGCACAUUAUAAAUGGAAGCAUAUGCCAGUAGGAAAAGGUUUCGAUGGCUGUAUAAAAAAUCUCUUCCACAAUAGUAAACUAUACGACCUGGCCCAUCCGGGAUUAUCGCGUAACAGCGUAGCAGGCUGUCCGCAAACCGAAGAGAUAUGCAACAACCAGGAGUCGACAUUUAGGUGCUGGGAACAUGGAACCUGUGUCGGCAGUUUUGCUGAAGCUAGAUGUCAGUGCAAUCCAGGAUGGACUGGAGCUGGUUGUAUGACACCAACUAUACCUACAACCUUUAAGCCCCAGAGUUAUGUGAAAUAUGCUUUGUCCUUUGAACCUGAUAAAUACUCGACUCAGGUUCAGUUGAGAUUCAGAACUAGGGAGGUGCACGGAGAGUUGUUCCGGGUCAGCGAUCAGCACAACAGGGAAUACGCCAUCUUGGAGAUUAAAGAUAGUAGGCUUCACUUCAGAUAUAAUCUGAACAGUUUGAGAACUGAAGAACGAGAUAUCUGGCUAACGGCAAUAGCUGUAGACGAUGGGCAAUGGCAUACUGUUCGAGUAUCCAGAUAUGGCUCAGCAGCGACCUUGGAACUUGAUGGUGGAGAAGGUAGAAGGUUCAAUGAAACCUUCUCAUUUGAAGGUCACCAAUGGCUCCUAGUCGAUAAACAGGAAGGUGUUUACGCGGGUGGUAAAGCUGAGUACACAGGUGUACGAACAUUUGAAGUAUAUGCAGAUUAUCAAAAAGGGUGUCUAGAUGAUCUUAGAUUAGAAGGAAAACAUCUUCCGCUCCCACCGGCUAUGAAUGGGACCCAAUGGGGUCAGGCCACCAUGGCUAGAAAUUUGGAUAGGAAUUGUCCAUCCAACAAGCCCUGUGCUAAUGUUAUCUGUCCUGAACCAUUUGAAUGCAUUGAUCUUUGGAAUGAAUAUGAUUGCACUUGUGGCGAGGGUAGGAUACCAUCUCCGGACAAUAAAGGAUGUAUGGAUAAAAAUGAAUGUAUCGAUUAUCCAUGUCUCAAUGGUGGACGCUGCAUUAAUCAGGAUCCACGGUUCCGAUACAGAUGCAUCUGUCCAGAUGGUUUCUGGGGUGAAAAUUGUGAAUUGGUUCAAGAAGGCCAGACGUUAAAACUUAGUAUGGGAGCCUUGGCUGCCAUUUUAGUGUGUCUCCUCAUCAUUCUUGUGCUAGUCUUGGUAUUCGUGGUUUACAAUAGAAGAAGAGAGUCCCACAUAAAGUAUCCAGGUCCAGACGAUGACGUCCGAGAAAACAUCAUCAAUUACGACGACGAAGGCGGCGGAGAGGACGACAUGACGGCUUUCGACAUCACGCCAUUACAAAUUCCAAUUGGCGGUCCGAUACCGGAAAUGGGUGGAAAGUUGCCUCCAUGUAAAAUUGCCUAUCCACUAGGACCAGAACCCAACGUGGGCAUGUUCAUAGAAGAUCACAAGAAAAGGGCAGAUAGUGAUCCAAACGCACCGCCCUUUGACGAUCUACGAAAUUACGCGUACGAGGGUGGCGGAAGUACUGCAGGUUCCUUGUCGUCCUUAGCUUCCGGUACAGAUGACGAGCAGCACGAGUACGAGUACUUAGGUACCUGGGGCCCGCGAUUUGACAAGCUGGCCGACAUGUACGGCCCUACGGAGGAAAGUGAGGGAGAGGAAUAAAGAGUGCUUUGAAUAAGAUCUUUAAAGAGAGAAGAAAGAAGAAUAAGAAAAACGAAUAUUCGCGAAAACAGAGCAGUGCCCCCCGUGUCAGUGUCGGCAAGUGCGGUGUCCUCGUCGCUCUCGCGUCCUCACGUAUCAUCAAUCGUUUAAGAAAGAAAGGUAGAAAAACAAAAGGAUACAAAAAAAAAACGAAAGCAUGAAGAAUGAAAAAAAUAAGCAACCUAGUACGAAAUGAUAGAAUGAUAAUAUGUAGAAAUGACGGAUAGCUGACUGCUGGGUAACACUUAUGUGUUUCCCAGUGCUGCUGACAGGCAGCGAAGUGACGCGUUGCCCACAAAGAUGGCAGCACAUGCACCACCACAUUACGAACCCACGCAAUAAUUUUAAACUCUCUAACCUAUUGCAAUUGAAUAAGGAGACCGUGCGAUAGCGCGUUUCGCAUAGCGCGUUUAGACACGUAAUAUGUAGUCAACCCCUCACCCAACCCCCAUCCCAUGUGUGUACGUGAGCAUGGAACUCUUUUGUAUGGAAUCUCAUUUAUUUAUAUACAUAUAUAUCUAUGUGUAUAUAUAUUCUCAUAUAUAUUCAUACAUAUAUAUAUAUGAAUAUUACCAUUUAGAAAUCAUAUUGCGUUAUCGCUCUCGCGUAGCGAAAACCCAUGAGAGUUCGAGUAACGACCCUCUCCCCUCGCCAUACUAAAACUAUUUAUUGCGACCGUCCCCGACGGUCAUUAUUAUGAAUUAAUUAAUGAAUUAUUAUUAUUGAUAUUAUUACGAAUAUAAUAUAUAUAUAUAUAAAUAUGAAUUUAUAUAGGAGCCGCAUGGAAAGACGGGUAAUUAGCCCGAGCCACGGUGUACUUGAGAAAGUCUGAGAGAGAACGAGUGGGAGAGAGAAUGUGAGAACGAAAGAAUGUAAGAAAGUAAGAGAGAGAGAGAGAGAGAGUCGUUAGUCGCGUAAAUGUGUAUAAUUGUAAUGAAUUAAUUACAAUGUAAAAGAAGAAAAAAAUAAGAAAAUAAGAAAAAGAAAUUUGAAAGACGAGGAAAACAGUAAAAGGAAUGAAUAGCGAUUAAAGGACAUUACGAACCACGGUGUUAUGUAUUAAGGAGCCAUCGUUGUUUCUCUAUUUAUUUUGUACGUGGGUCAAUGGAAUCGAAAGCGACGUGGUUAAGGGUUAUUUAUUAACACAGAGUCCUCGUCGCGACGUAUAUAAACUUACGUCGGGACGCACUCCACUCGAAUCGACUGAUUUGUAAAAUUCUCAAACGGAAUAAUUAAAAUAGUCAAUUUAUCGGUUAGGGAUCCCAGUGACGAUUAUCCCUAAUGCGCAUACACGUGUAAGUACGUUACCUUAUACAGCGACGUUAUUGUAUAAUUGUCCUAUCGUUAUAUUAUUAUAUACAUAUUAGACGACCGCGUAUCGUUUACCACGAUUUGUGAUAUUAAGUUUCGUCCUCGUGUAAUUUUUUAAAAAUUUUAUUCUUUUAUCAAUCCAUUUUUUGUAAUCCCCCACUCCCUCAGUCCUCUCCUUCGUCCCCCUACCCGCAUAUCCUUUACCUAAAAUAUGCGUCCGGCAUUGAGUCAUCAGUCGUUCCUGUACACCUCCUUACUUUUCCAAUCUAGCUCUAUCUCCCAGUCGUCCUUAUCCUACUUCCAAUGAUCCUAACCUAAUUUAGCGUUUAGGCAGCGACAGUAUUCCACAGACUGGCAUUAGCAGGCAAUGACUUAUCGUUAAUAUUAUCGUUUACGUCGUGUGUACAGUGGCAAGAGGAUUUAGUCAGGGCUCAUUAAGGUUUCUGUACAUUUCUCUAAGAGGUUAUCGAAUUAAUGACGGGCACGAGGCAUUGCUUCGCGGAUGGACUCUUCGGACCGUCUGCGCAUGCGCAGCGAUAUCCGCACUCGCUCGUUACGUUAAUUCGUACUUACGCUCGGGCAUUCUGGUAAUGUACAUAGAAAAUGAUUCAUUACGAUGAGUUGCAUAAUUGAUGACUGUAAUUUUUUUGUACUACAUAUUUUAUUUUAUUGACCAAUCUCUGAUUUUUGUUUUAUUCGUAUGGGAUCUCAAAAUAAAUCUUAACAUUAAAUUGACGUAAGAAUGAUUAUUACUUGUAAGGCUUGUUCAUUGAUCGAUAAGAUUUUUGUCAUUGUUUACACUGUCUGUUUAAUGACGGUCUGAACAGUCGAUUCGUAUUCAACAUGACUUAUACUAACUGAUAGGUUUAAAACCAAUUGUUUUACCGUAGCAAUGAUCGAAAACUACUGUAAUAUAUUAUAUAUAUACAUACUGCCACUGAACACAUUUCAUUAGUACAAUUACAAUAUGAUAAUCUACCGUAUAAUCGACGUACGUAUUAUUAAUUAAUUGAUAUUAUUAAACGAUUAAUUGUAUUAUUACCACUAUUAUCUAUACCAUUUGUACUUUACAUUUCAGUUCGGACAAAAAAAA